AUGCUUAGGGAACAUGCUGACGAGUAUAGCGGCGAGGAUAAUGAACAUGUUGCGAUGGAAUUUGAAAAUGCCAACGACGAGUAUGUAAAUCAAUCCGACAUGUCAUCGAAUUGCAGUAAUUGCCAAAAACACAGAGAAGAAUUGGAUGAAAUAAAACUUAAGCUAGAUUCAUUAUUGUCGCUUUAUAGCGUAGUUGGAACUAAGCAAAGCGAACUCGAAAUUGAGAGAAAUAAAUACCAAUUAAUCGAAGGCCAAGAUGGCAUAAUCCACAUGCUUAUUAACAAAAACAGGAAAUUGGAGAGUGAACUUGAUAAUAUGAAAGUGACCCUAGAGCAGGUGAAGCUUGACAAUGAAGCAAUUCAAAAGACAUUUGAUAUGAAACAGACUGUCUGGAUAAAAGCGAAAUCUUCAAACCAUUGUAACCAAGUGCCUGUUCCUGACUCUCCACAACAGGGACUCUCCACCUUUAAUCAUUUUGAUGCAUUGACUGUUGAAGAUGACGAAAUACCAGUCAAUACCUCGGACAGUGGCUCAGAUAGUGGAUUUCAAGGGCAAAUUAAAGAUUACCGUAAUUCACAGUCAUCUAAGUUUGUCAAAAAAUUGCGAAAAACAGAUCAAAAUACGUCAAGUGUUGAUAGCCAUAGUGAAUGUCCCCCAAAUAAUCAGUCACCAUCAGAACAGAAAAAAGUACUCAUCAUUGGUGACUCCAUGGUCAAGAAUAUUGACAAUUUAAAAAUAUCCAGAGCGGCCAAAACUAAAUCGACCCAGUGUCACUCUUAUAGUGGAGCAAGAAUACAACAUCUUGAAGAAAAGAUCAAGGAACAUUGGUCAGAUGAUAGUCAGAAUUAUGAAGCAGUAAUUAUCCAUGCAGGAACCAACAACCUGGUCAAUGAAAGUCCACAUCAAGUUGCUCAACGUAUGGAAAGUCUUAUAAAAGUGGCAAAAAUCCAUUCAAGUGAUGUUGCGGUGUCAAGUGUGGUAAAAAGAUUUGAUGGUAAAUUAUCCAACCAAAAAAUUGAGGAAGCAAAUAACCUAUUACUCAUCUUGUGCAAGAGGUAUGAAGUAGCAUUUUUAGAUAACAGCGAGAUAGAUCAAUCCCAUCUCAAUAGAUCCAACCUCCAUUUGAACAAAAAUGGAGACAAGUUGUUGGGCAAGAAAUUUUGCUCUUACCUAAAGUUAGUUAAAAUUAGCCGCAAUGCUGUUCAUAAAUCAGAAGCUGCAUGGCAAAAAUAAGCCUUUUUUUCGGCUUGCACUGGGCCAUCGAAUGAAGGAAUGGUCAGAUCACCUGAAGCUAGUAACCAAUAUAAUGAAGAAAUAAAUAUUAAUGAUAGUUGCUAUUUAACCCAAAACAGGAGCAGCAAUUGUUUCAAUGAGAUUAAUUCUAUUCCUAAUGAAAGAGGCUUUAAAAUGGCCUUUUUAAAUGUUGUUAGCUUGCCAAAACGAUAUGAUGAAAUUAGCUUUUCAUUGUCAAACAAAUUCAUUGAUUUAAUCGCAUUUAAUGAAACAAGGCUUGAUUCAUCAAUUUCAGAUAAUCAAAUGUAUAUCGAUGGUUAUGAUAUCAUCCGAAAAGAUAGAUCAAGAAGUGGAGGUGGUGUUUGCAUGUAUUUGCGUAGCUCCAUUAAUUAUCGGAUUAGACAUGAUCUAGUGCCUAAGAAUCUUGAAGCUGUUUGUAUUGAAAUCAUUAAGGCUUAAAGUCAGCCGUUCGUCGUAGUAACAGCUUAUAGACCUCCAAAUCCGUCAUCAGAAUUUUUUACCGAUUUAGAAAGUUUCAUUAAAAAAAUAGAUGAUGAAAACAAAGAAAUUCACAUUCUUGGUGAUUUAAACUGUGAUUUACUUAAGACAAAUCCAGACCAAUUAACUAAAAAACUCAAAUCCAUAUAUGAACUUUGUCAAUUGUCACAAAUGAUUGAUGAAGCUACGCGCAUAACAUCAUCAACAUCCACCCUUAUUGAUCAUUUUAUUACAAAUAGACCAGAGAAAAUUUCUGACUCUGGGUUAAUACAUACUGGAAUUAGUGAUCAUAGCAUGAUUUUCGCAAUAAGAAAAAUAAAUUUUUCUGUAAAACGUCAUGUAAAUAUUGUUGAAAUUAGAAACAUGAAGAAAUUCAAUGAUCUAAAUUAAAUUUUCUUAAGGAUUUGCAAAAUCAACCCUGGGAUCAUAUUUAUUAUUUUCCAGAUAAUCCAAAUACUAUGUGGGAGAUGUGGAAAAAAGUCUUUUUAGAGGUCCUGGAUAAGCAUGCACCACUUUAAAACAAAAAAUAAAAUCAAUAAGUGUCCCUUGGUUUACAAGAAAAAUUAAAAUGCUCAUAACCGAAAGAGAUAAAUUGAAAAGAAAAGCAAUUAUUACUAAACAAGAAUCUGAUUGGCUCAUUUAUAAAAAAGCCAGAAAUCAAACAAAUACCGAAUUAAGGAAAGCCAAAACAGACUAUUAUUCUGAAAAGAUUGCUAACCAAAAGUGCAAUCCAAAGCAGGCUUGGAAGACUAUUAAUAGUUUGAUCGGAAAGGGUAAGAAACCCACGAUUAUAAAUGAACUAAUUAUUAAUGAAUAUAAAUUAUAAAAUAACUACAGUGAAACACGCAAUUUGAUUGGUCAACAGCCGUGCAGGAUCAGACAAUCCUGCACGGGAAAUUCUGAACAGAAAUUCUUGCACAUAAUUUUACAAAUAUACUCGCAUUGUAAAAUUAAUCGCAUUGUAAAAUAUACUCGCAUUGUAAAAUAAUUUUACAAAUAUACUCGCAUUGACGUUGGUUUAGUUGUAUGAAUAAAUUUCUGAUCGAUACGGCUGUUCAAGCAAGUAGAAACGCGUAGCGUUGAAAUUCAUCAGACCAUGGCAAGUACAACAUCUCUCGCUAGUUGCUUCAAAGUUCAAACGCUUCGCAAUCUUCAAGUAUUCAGAUCGAGAAUCUUUUCAUAACUACUUUGGCUCUCUGUUUAGGGGUUUUCCAUUUCAAAUUUCGUAAAUUUUAUCGAAAAAAUCUCUGUAUUUUCGCUGUAUAUUUUCGCGAAUUUGCGAUCAAAUUCUGUUCGGAUUUGUUGUUGUUUUCAAUAGCGUGGAGUAGCGAUUCUCCAAUUGGUUAAUUGACGAUUGUUGUGAGAACUGCACAUUUCAUCAGUAAUUUUAAUCAAGUUAACCGUCGUUUCACUGUAGUAAGUUUAUAAAACAAUUACCAAAUGGUUUUCCUGUGCAGGAUAGCAUGAUCCAUGCACUUAGGAUGUUGCUAGACUUUCGGAAAGCGUAAAAAUACACUCGCUUACGGCUCGUGUAUUUUCACGCUUUCCGAAAGUCUCGCAACAUCCCGCGUGCAUGGAUCACGCAAUCCUGCACGGAAAACCAUUCGGUAUUCCUUUAUUAACAAAUCCUACAGAGAUUGCAGAAGGGUUAAAUGAAUUCUUUGCAAAUGUUGGACCAAACUUGGCAAGCAAGUUGGAUGAAUCUAGCUGUGACUUUCAAAAGUAUACUAAAAGUUCUGAAUCCGAGUUCACUGCAUUUACACCAAUUGCGGUAAACAAAAUUUUUUAUCUUUUAAGAGGGCUGUCUUGUAACAAAGCGUGUGGUAUUGACAAAAUUUCCAGUAAAAUUCUUAAAUUAGCAUCACCAGUUAUUACUGCUACACUUACAUAUAUUUUUAAUCAAAGUAUUACUCUUUGCAGCUUUCCAGAUGAAUGGAAAGUAGCUAGAGUUUUACCUCUUUAUAAAAGUGGUCAUCGUAAUAUUCCUGGUAAUUACAGGCCAAUAUCGAUACUACCAGUCAUAAGCAAAAUCAUGGAAAGAUUACUGUAUGACCAGCUGUAUGAUUAUUUAACUAAAAACGAAAUUUUCUCUGAUAACCAAUUUGGCUUUCGAAAGUUUUACUGCACCGCUACGUCCCUUUUAGAUUCAACAAAUAGUUGGCAUGUUAACAUGAUUCGAAAAAUGUUUAACUUAGUAGUUUUUAUAGAUCUAAAUAAAGCAUUUGACACCGUAGAUCACGAAAUUCUACUUGAGAAAAUGCAAAUUUACGGUAUUAAGGAUAAGGCACAUUUGUUGUUGAGAUCAUAUCUUACUGAUCGCACCCAAAAAUGCCAAGUAAAUUAUGUUGUCUCGUCUGAACACAAAGUUAAGUGUGGUGUCCCUCAAAGCUCCAUUUUAGGUCCUUUAUUUUUCCUAAUAUACAUAAAUGAUUUAUCUGAAAGCCUAAAUAGGACAAAGCCAAGACUUUUUGCAGAUGACACAAACCUCACUGCUUCCGGUGGUACAAUUGAUGAUGUUGAAAAUGCAGUGAACUCUGAUGUGGAAAACCUCAGAAUGUGGUUAAACGCGAACAAACUGAGUCUAAACAUUGCCAAAACUGAAUUUAUGCUCAUAGGAUCAAGAUCUCUAGUGCAUACUGUUUCAGAUUCAAAUUUAAACAUACUGAUUGAAAACAGACCAAUUAAACAAGUGAAGUUAUUCAAGACACUAUGA